GAAGGAAAUUUCACCAGCCUCUCUCCACUGCAAACCUCUGUUCUCCCCCUCCCCGUUCCCGCCGUCUCUCUCUCUCUCUCUCUCGCACAACAAUGCAAGACAGAAGAUCCAGUACCACCACAGCCACCACCACCACCGCCUCCAACGCCACACCAAUCGAAUCAGACAACUCAUCCACGGCCGUCGAUUUCGCUGACAAAUUGCCUCUCCAGCUCAUCCAAUCCGAGACAAUCCCGCCUGCGCCGAUCCGAUCCGAAUCCGCCGUCGACUGGUUACCGGACUUCUCCGGGUACUCAUGGGUCGCCUACGGAGCCUCCUCUCUCCUCGUGAUCUCUCACUUCCCCUCCCCUCUCUCCCAAGAAGAAACACUCAUCGGUCCCAUUUUCCGCCAGGUCUUCCAGCUCUCCACCGACGCUUCGGCCCUGGUUUCUUCAGUCUCAUGGUCCCCUGCCAUGCCUUCUGUUGGUGACCUCGCUGUUUCUUUGGAUAACUGUAUCGGCUUGUUUUCCCAUAAUUCAGCCGUUUCUGAUGGUUCUUUUUCUUGGAGCCAGAAUGCAGUGCUUGUGCAAUCUACGAAAGUAGAAACCAUCAAAUGGACGGGCUCUGGCGAUGGGAUAAUUUCAGGUGGUGUUGAGGUGAUCCUGUGGAGAAAGAACAGCACGUCCUGGCAAAUAGCUUGGAAGUUUAAAACAGAACUGCCUCAAACUCUGGUUUCUACAACCUUCUCUAUUGAAGGGCCAUCGGCAACGGCUUCUUUGAAUACACGGCAUGCUGAAGAAUCCUCAUCUGGAGCCAGUGAGGCAAGCAAAUGUGUGUUCGUGUGUUAUGGUGAUGGAAAGUCUAAUUACAUGAAAGCAGAGCUAUGCCAUCCUAUGCCUGUUUCUAUGAUUCAAUGGAGGCCUCUAAUAGGAAGCCAAUCAACACUAGACAUUAGACAUCCACUGAGGCAUGUAUUGCUAACAUGCUGCCUAGAUGGAACUGUAAGGUUAUGGAGUGAGAUUAAUGAUGGGAGGGUUAGAAGAAUUGGCAAGGACAUCAGUGAUCAGAAAUCCACGAGAAGAUCAUUCCAUGUUGCUGCGGUAAUUGAGAUUAACCAAACAAUGGAUGGAACUCUGGGCUCUGACAUAUUUGUUCGAUGGGCAGCAGACAUUGAUGGUGUGCUCACAGCUGGUAUAGCAGCCAGCCAAUAUUUUACAUCAGGAGGUCAUUAUCAGCAUGAGAAGGCUGGAAGGUGUGAAUGGUUAGUUGCAUUUGGGCCUCAUAUGUUGGUGACAUUCUGGGCCAUUCAUUGUCUUGAUGACAUUUCCCCAAUGAGGUAUCCACGAGUGACUUUAUGGAAGAGUCAAGAAUUAACAGGUGCUAAAUUGGGAACAAGUGAUAUACUACUAAAUAAAGUUGUUAUCCUCAGAAAUGAACACUUUGGUCCACCAAACCUGUGCUCUUUGCUUUGGUUGUCUCCAAGUAAUUCCUUAUGCUGGUCACAGUGUUAUACUCAUAUAUCAACUAAUGCGGAGGGGUGCUUAGAUAAAUCUGGGAAGGAGAAUAUUUUGUCAUGUAAUGCCGGUGCAAUUGUAAAUAUAAAUGGUCAUACUGGGAAAGUUAUACAAGUUGCAGUGCAUGCUAAUAGGCUUGAAACGGAACUUGCUGUUUCUUUGGAUACCAAUGGAUUGCUUUUAUUUUGGUCAGUUUCAACCAUUUCUAAUAGCAUUACGGGGCUGCCAACUUUGAAUCCAACGUGGAAACUUUCUGGAAAACUUGUAAUGCAGACCAAAUAUUCAAGCUUGACGUGGGCACCCUCAGUUUUAGAUGAGGACACACUUCUUCUUAUGGGACAUGAUCAAGGCAUUGAUUGUGUCAUGAUUAAGAUCAGCAGAAAUGAAGAAGAGAAGAUGCUAUGUCACAACUUUUGCACUAUCCCUUUUACUGAUCACUGUCAUGGAAACAGGCCCACCAAUAUCUACUCAAUUCCUUUGCCUUCAAGCUGUAAGGAAACUUUUAGCGUUAACAAUUUUCUGCUCUUAGCAGUAUGGAAGGAGAGCUUUCAAGCUUUGUCGUGGAAAAUUGGCAUCCAUUCCUGUGAUUUGGAUGGAAGUGCUUGUGGAUGCAAUUUCGACUCUGGAAAUGCUGUUACAGACGGUUCUUGGGCAUUCAAAAGUAAUUUUGCUGGUAAGAGAUAUUGGAUUGAUGUUGAUCCUUGCUCUUCGUUAUUGCCAGAUCCACACAAUAAGGAUGAGAUCAUUAGUUUUGCCGUUGUUUGUCCUAGCAUUUCUGUUCUAUCUGAAAAACAAAAUUGCAUUCCUGUUGAUGAAUUGUGCUACAAUUCUUGGGCAUAUCACAUGGCCACAGGCUGUGCCAAUGGUAGUUUGAAGCUAUGGAGAAGUAUGUCAGUUAAGCAAAUGAACUCGAAAAUGCAGUGGGAACUAGUUGGUAUACUUGCUGCACAUCAAGGGCCCAUCACAUCAAUAUCUCUAACUGAUUGUGGCCGAAAGAUAGCAACCUUCUGCCCAGGCCCUUCAAAUACUUCUAGCACUGUUCAUAUAUGGGAAACUGUGCACCUUGCAAGUACAGGCAAAUUUUUACUUGAAGAUACAUUAUCUCUUGAUGGAGAAGUUAUUGCUUCAAAUUGGUUAACUCUGGGGAGUGGCCAGGUCAUACUCGGAGUUUGCUUACAAAAUGAAUUGCGGUUUUAUGCAGAAAGACUGAGUGGUGCGCAGCCCCUAAUGAAACCUGGAAAGUCUUUAGAAGGAAACAAUUGGUUAUGUAUUGCAUUUGCUCAUACGCACCCUGAUAUACGCAAUUUCCUCUGGGGCCCUAGAGCCACAGCUGUGGUUGUUUAUGAUAGCUAUUUUUCUCUCUUCAGUCAGUGCUUAUUAUUCGCUGAUGAAAAGCAUCAGGCUAAGUGUAAUUCAGGAAUUAGCAGGAAUAAUCUCAUUUAUGGUGACAGUAGACCACAUAACGAUAUGCUUGAUGCAAUUUUUGUUGCUUAUGAUAUUUGUGAAUCCAAAGAAUCAACAGCAGAAGACAAUCAGGAAGAAGGGCUGUCCACACUCCCUAUGAAGAUGAAUAUAACAAACGAUGUUCUAUCAAGCAUAUUUUUAGCAAGUGCUCAGCAGAAGUAUAGUUUGGAUACCAAGAUUGAUUUCUGUAGUGUGCAAGGUGUCGCUGAGAAGUUACGGGGAUCGCCAGUUGUCUAUCAUCCUGAGGCACUUCUAAUGAAUAUUGCUACAGGCAACUGGGAACGUGCAUUCGUAGUUCUACGACAGCUUGUUGAAUAUUUCUCCUCUAGUGAUGCUUCUGUGACAGGAUAUGCUAAAUCUAAGCAUGCCAUUCCACUGGUCCACCUGUCAAAUUAUCUUGAAAGAGUUCCGUCAACAAAAGUGAGCGAUAAAGCAUUUCACUGGAGUGAGGACGCCUCCUUGCAGAUUCCUAAAAGCUUGAACCAAUUUACCAAUAGCUGGCAGUCUUAUACUUCUGGUCACACUUUCACUUCAUCUUCAGCAGAAUCUGAACUUAGUGCAUGCUUUGAAGCAGCUCAGAAGUUAUAUGACAUGACAGCUAUAAGCAACACAGAAAAGAUUCAAAUUCUUGCCAUUGUUGAUCUUCUCUGUGAAGUUGUUAAUCGACAAUCUGCUUCCGCUUAUAACAGUCUUGAUGAACCUGGCCGAAGGUUUUGGGUGGCUGUGAAGUAUCAACGGCUAUAUUUUUGCCAAAAAUUUUCUAGAUCUGCAUCCUUGAGCGAGUUGGCUGUUGACUCCGGGCUAUUUGUUUGGGCUUUCCACUCUGAUUGUCAAGAGAAUUUGUUCAGUUCCCUUCUGCCUAGUGAACCAUCUUGGCAAGAAAUGCGGAAUAUGGGUGUUGGAUUUUGGUAUACAAAUGCAGCACAAUUGCGAUUGAAGAUGGAGAAGCUGGCUAGACAACAAUAUUUGCAAAGUAAGGAUCCCAAAGCUUGUGCACUUCUAUAUAUUGCACUAAACAGAAUUCAAGUUUUGGCUGGUCUCUGUAAAAUUAGCAAAGAUGAGAAGGACAAGCCAUUGGUGGGAUUUCUUUCACGUAAUUUUGAGGAGGAUAAAAAUAAAGCAGCUGCUUUGAAAAAUGCUUAUGUUUUAAUGGGAAGACAUCAGCUGGAGCUGGCUGUUGCUUUCUUUUUGCUUGGCGGUGAUGCCUCUUCUGCUGUUACUGUCUGUGCAAAAAAUCUCGGUGAUGAGCAGCUUGCUCUUGUAAUUUGUCGCCUUGUUGAGGGUUGUGGUGGGGCAUUAGAGCGUCAUCUUAUACUAAAUUUCUUGCUUCCAUCUGCAAUUGGAAAAGGCGACUCCUGGAUGGCAAGCUUUCUAGAGUGGGUAUUAGGGAAUUAUGCACAAUCCUUUUUGAGCAUUCUUGGUGUUCAAAAGGAUUCACCCAUCAAUAGCUCUGCCCUCGUAUACAAUCAUACUCCUUUUCUGGAUCCAAGCAUCGGUCAAUACUGCCUAAUGUUGGUAACCAAAAAUAGUUUCAAGAAUGCUGUUGGAGAGCAUGAUGCUGCAGUCCUGGGUAGGUGGGCAAUUUUGAUGAGUACUACAGCCCUUAACAGAUGUGGCCUGCCUAUCGAAGCUUUGGAGUGCCUUUCAACUUCUCUGAGCAGAAUUGGGGUUUCAGAUCAAGGAAGCAUGUCAGAUAUUGAGAAAACUGAAGUUCCGAACAAGAUGCUAAUGCCAUUUCCAUACAAUUCCUCCCAUAACUGGAUAUCAGGAGAUGUGUCUUUCCAUAUGGAGACACAUGCUAAAUUAGAUUUAUCAAUGCAGUACAUUUCAAAACUGUUAAGAGAGCAUCCAAGCUGGCCGGAAAGCAAAUGCUCUGAGUAUGGGAUUCAACAAUACAACAUGUUACUUGAAAAUUAUUACAAGAAGUUAAUGGGAACGCUUGCAUAUCUUGAGCGAAAAUUCUCUUUGAAUCCUUGCCAUCUGAUUGACAUGAUUGUAAUAUUCCUGUCAAAUAAUGGAUUAUCCCUUAUUGGAUACCAUAUAUUGCAUGCCUAUGCUUCUCAAUACUCCUCACAAGAUAAGAGGCCUUUGUUCAAAGGUUUCCUCAUGUAUCCCAUCGAACCCAUGCUACUUUUGAAGGCUACUGAAGAAAUGUCCUGCUUAUUUUCAAGAUAUGUUGUUUCCUGUUUUAUAACUUGCUCUCAGCCAAAACCAUGCUCCACUGAUAAUAAUGCUGCUGGUGAAAAUAGAUUUGGCUUUCUGGCGGCUUGGAAGUUCUACUUGCAAGGUCUCAUAUCGUCUUUGUGGAGGUUGAGAGCCAUAUUAAAGUUGUCUUCUGGUUUUUGUGGUGAAGACGACAUCAGGAAAACUUGUGUCAUUCUUGAUUUGUCUGAGUUUUGUGCAUAUCUUGCAUCAGCUUGGCUUCAAAGGAGUUGUAAAGCUCUUAUUCUGGUUGUGAAACCCCUUUUGCUCACAUGUUCAAAAGGGCAUGCUCCUAAUGAAAUCGCCAUGUCUGAUCUGAAGAUGCUCCUUCACCAGACUAAAGAGUUGCUGGCUGAGAAGACACUGAGUGAUAACAUGGGAAGUGCUGUCGGGGUGACAAAAGCAACACAGGACAGUCAAGGUGAGGUUAUUAUAUCUACAAUACCAGAAGAAGUGAGAUGGCUAAUCAUUAGGGCUGCUUUGUGGGGACACGUAUCUUCUUUUCUGACGGAUCACCUGAACUCAUUAUUUGAGAAUAGGGAAGAUAAAUAUUCUUUUGCUCCGUUUUAUAGACUUUCCUCCUCUAUGUCUAGCAUGUGUGAAGUUGAUGGGAUUAAUGCACCUAAUCAAAUGAGGCUGGUUUCUGUGGUUUUGGCCAAGUUAUUGAAAACUACAUGUGCACUAAUUUCUUCUUCUAGUACGAAGCAGCUUGCAUCAUUUCUGCUGCAGAAAAUGGAGGAUGGAUCCAAUGAACCAACUCUUACGUGGUUAGAAGGUUUCAGUGAGUCAAGUCCAAGAGCUCUCAAUAAGCAUCUUAGUCAUGGUUUUGACAGUCAGAACGUGGUGAACAUUGGAAAUGACUUGUCAGCAUCUGAGCUCUUAUGGAAUUUUUUUUCUGAUCCUAAAGUUAUAUCUGAAAGACUUGAACAACAGAGCUUUAAAUGGCGACAGUAUACUAAGCCAAAGCCCCCAAAAGAAUGGAGUAACAUGUUUGUGAGCGUCUAUGGGGAGUUUAUAGCUGAGGAAAAACAAAGAGGUGGUUUUGAGGCUAGUGAAACUGGAUCACAUUUACGAGGCCCAUCUCCUCCAGACAGUAAUUCUUUUCCAAGUUCUGUACAACCAAAUAUGAUGCUUACUGAGAAGCUUUUGCCUUUCCAGAACCCUAAAGAAGUUUGUAGGAGAAAUGGAGAACUUUUAGAGGCAUUGUGUAUCAACUCUAUUGAUCAAAAGCAAGCUGCUCUUUCUAGUAACAAAAAGGGGAUAAUUUUCUUUAACUGGGAUGAUGGCCUACCUCUAAGAGAUCAUUCUAACUAUAUCUGGGCAGAGGCAGAUUGGCCACAUAAUGGGUGGGCUGGAUCAGAAUCUACCCCGGUCCCUACUUGUGUGUCUCCUGGCAUCGGACUUAGAAGCAAGAAGGGGGCACACCUUGGGUUGGGUGGAGCAACCGUUGGCGUAAGUUCUUUGGCAGGACCAGGGAAAGAUUUAGCAGGUGGUGUAGCAUUUGGAAUUCCAGGUUAUGCUGGUAUGGGUGCAUCCGGCCUUGGUUGGGGGAUUCAAGAGGAUUUUGAGGAGCUCACUGAUCUACCUGCCACUGUGGAAAACGUUAACACAAGAGCAUUCUCGAGCCAUCCUUCUAGGCCUUUCUUUUUGGUUGGAUCUAGUAACACGCACAUUUACCUAUGGGAGUUUGGCAAGGACAAAGCGACUGCAACAUAUGGUGUGCUCCCUGCUGCAAAUGUACCUCCGCCGUAUGCUCUUGCAUCUAUAUCAGCUGUGCAGUUUGAUCAGUGUGGACAGAGAUUUGCCACUGCUGCAUUAGAUGGAACAGUAUGCACAUGGCAGCUUGAGGUGGGAGGAAGGAGCAACAUCUGUCCAACAGAAUCAUCUAUCUGCUUUAACAACCACGCAUCGGAUGUCACUUAUGUUACUGCCAGUGGAUCAAUCAUUGCUGUUGCUGGGUAUAGCUCCAAUGGCGUUAAUGUGGUUAUAUGGGAUACACUUGCACCACCCUCAUCUUCUCGAGCUUCCAUCAUUUGUCAUGAAGGUGGCGCCCGCUCGCUUUCGGUAUUCGAUAAUGACAUUGGAAGUGGUUCUGUUUCUCCAUUCAUUGUGACUGGCGGUAAAGAUGGUGACGUUGGACUUCAUGAUUUCCGGUACAUAGCUACUGGAAGGGCAAAAAGGCAAAGACAUUUUGGUUGUGGUGAACCAGACAACAAUGCAUCUUUGACCGCUGACGGGAUGCUUUGGUAUAUACCGAAGGCUCACUUAGGGAGUGUCACCAAAAUAUCUACCAUACCAAAUUCCAGUUUAUUCUUGACUGGAAGCAAAGAUGGAGAUGUUAAACUCUGGGAUGCGAAAACGGCCAAGUUAGUAAUUCAUUGGUCAAAAUUGCAUGAGAGACGCACCUUUCUGCAACCUAGUUCACGGGGCUUUGGUGGAGUCGUUCGGGCUGGCAUUACAGAUAUUCAAGUGAUUUCUCAUGGUUUUCUGACAUGUGGUGGAGAUGGUUCUGUAAAGCUGGUUCAGCUCAAAGGUUUUUCUUAAGAAUUUUUUCUAAGUGAAAAUCAGGUUCACCUAAGCUGACAGAAAGUAAAAGGAAGUAAUUCUCAGAAACUGCCUAACCCAUUAGACACAAGGGAGAUAUCCAAUAGCUCCCACCAAUACCAUGCUUGGUUAAUCAAUAGCUUGUCCAUUUCUACCCAAGCUCCACAUCCGUAUUUGGUCAACACGGUACAUAUCCCCUGGAAGAUUUUGGUAUUGGUUUUGUAAACACAUAACCUCUGCAAAUAUCCCGUGAAGCCAAAACGGAGCGAUUGAUUUUGUUGUACCCUACAUCACUUAAUUUGAGCUGAGUAUACAUCCUAUUUCCCGCCUAUGUCAAUCAAAUGAGUUUGAAUGAGCUGUAAACGAGAAGAGACUCAGAGUUUGUUUGCAGUUCUAACUAACUGUUAGAUUUUCCCUGUCCUUUUUUAAGGAAGGAAACAGGGUGGGUGGAGGGAACUUAAUUAUUAAGUAGCUAAGCAUUUGACUGGAGUUCAUAGACCAUAUGAGCUAAAGGGCUCAAUUAAUGUAUAGCGUGCCCCAAACGAUUGGGAUAGGAAAUUUUGCUAAAUUUAUUUAUAUGGGACAGACUGGAUUUGGUGGAAAAUUCAUAAGAAAAUAGUGAAAACUUUGAUUUCUGCU